UGCGAGACUAGCGCGAACUGCACGACGGGAAAACUACCAACGAUGGCGGCAGCUUCAAGUGGACAGACAUUCGGCCCUUUCAAGGCGACACAAAUCUGGAAUGGAAUUAUCCACCACCUCCAAGAGCACGCGAACGUUCGGAGACACCGGCGAGGGCUGAAGUACCACCAGCACUGCUUCACGGGCGCUGACGCCGUCAGUGUUCUCCUGAUCUACCUCCAGGACAACAGUCUGCAGUUCGGGGCCUGCGAUAUCACCAGGAUGAAAGUCAUCAGAUUGUGUCAGGUUCUGAUGGACAAUGGAGUGUUCCAGCCUGUUGGUAUGAAGGCCAAGUCCAAAGGGAAGAAGUCUCGACCAUUCGAUGACAGCAACAGCAAACUCUACAGGUUCACAAAAGCCAGUAAGUCAGGAGAAGGCAAGGAGAAUGUGGUCAUGACAAGUGAGGACAGCCAAUCAGAAGAGGAGGAUUCGGGUGUGAUCCAGAACACCCUCGCCAUGGCAACCAGUGAUGAGAUUCUGCGGGAGCUGUUCGGGGAGACGUACAGCCAAGAGACGGAUCGCGAGUCCAUCUGGUCCUCCACCAGCAGUCUGGCCAGUAAUGGUUCAGGCUGUAGUAUAUCACACGCAGACCUUUCAGUCCUAGACGAGGUGUGGAAGGAAAUGACGCUGGUUAAACUGCUGACCAUCGUGGAGCUGCCCCUCCUGGACGGUAUCCUGAGCAUGUGUAGUGAGGCCAAGCAGCAGAGACUGAACAUGCGCCGCGGUCUGGUUAUCUCCAACACCUGCUGCACGGCAAGCUCCGAUUCAGAUAGCGACAGCAUACAUUACUUCUUGACCCAUGACCCCUGGAUAACCUCUGGCCUGGCAUGUCUGGACUUCAUGCCAGAGAACAUUGGAAUGAAACUGAGCAACGCGGCGGCCGACACGCCCGACUGGAAACUCUCUCUGUACCAGGCCAUCGCAGACCACUACACACACCUGCACGAACCUCUGUUGACCAAUCGGCUGUUCGAUGUGCAUGUGGCUGUCCUGACUCUGAUUGUGAAGAAUAAGUUAGCCCAGGCAGUGAAGGCCCUACAGCUGGUUCUCCUGCUGCUGCCUUCAGAGAGCCGGGAGGAGCUGAGGAGGUUACUCCGCUUCAUGGCUCUGAGUUCCUCCAACACACAGCUGGUAUUCCAUAAACAGUGUGACAACAGGACGUCCAUCCGUAGAGCCUUCACCAAAGCCAUCGUGCGGAACCCUGUCCUCGGCAAAGGCCAGACCGAGCAGCUGGUCAUGUACAUGGUCGACAACCACCGCGAGAUCUUCCAGAUCCCUCCCGAUCUGAAAGAAGCCGUCGAAAUGAAGAUCCAAUCCUUACGAUCGGGGGUGAAGCCAGAAGACAUCCCUCUAGGUAAGGUUGCAGGGAGGAACCCCUCUUUGCCAGGGGUUGGCUUCUGCAAGCGAAUCACGAUCCAGGAAUACGAGGCUCAAGCGAUCACGGAGACAGAGAAAGCGCUGGUUGAGAUGAUGAACAGGAUCCUGGACCACACCAAGAUGUCCGUCAAGGAGAAGCAGCGCCGUCUCAACGACUUCUGGAGACACCACCCCAAAAUCUACGCCAAGUUCUUCUCCGGGAUGAUGUGAUGUUCUGAUCAUGUGGAAGCAUGUUGGCAGAACGUACUGCACCUGUACGAAACCCGUAAUGUGUUGUGUAUAGCACUUCGGCAGAAUGUCUCAUAGAAGGUCAUAGUUGCACAUGUAAGUUUAACAUCCCGUCUGUAGUUUCCAAAUGUUAUGUCGGAAAAAAAAUUGUCUGCAAUAGGCAAAAUUCUGAUGCAACAUUGACCAAAAAUCCAACGAAAACUGUGAGAAAUGGGGGUUUUACGCAGCACAGUGUGUUCUGCGUACGUGCUUCAUGUGGACACAGUUUCAAAACCUCAAGUGCCAAGCAGUAACUAGGAUGAACCAUGGGCUGGUUUAGGAGAAACAAAGUGGAGGAGGGGGUGAGAUGACCAUUUGAAAAAGUAACUCCUAUACAUGCACAUCAUAUUCUUCUUGCCAUGAAGUUUCUUGUACAUACCCUUUCAGUCCCUGAUAUCAAUACUGUUAUUGUUAACCACAAUUGUUGAAAUGGUAAAAGAUGGUCAGAUUAGCAUGAAAUCAAGUGUACAGUAUACUUCAAAUCAAAGUAAAGUUAACAUGUACAUAUUGUAAAAGAGAUCAUACCUACCUCCCUGUCUACAGAUCUUGUUAUAACAUCUGUCCCCCAAAUGCUUUUUAACUUUGUAA